AUGUUCGGAAAAAAAGUUCAAUAUGAUUGUGUAUAUGAGGCUCUUGCUACGGCUACAAUAAGAACAGCAGAUUGCAGUCAUUGGUUGGAUUUACCUCUCAUAGGAGUAGGAGAGAACUUCCAAUCUUACCGAGUACCCGGAAGUUUAACUGAUAACGAAAUAAUUGAUUAUUACAAGUUUGCUGUAGAUGAUUGGAGCGCUAGCGUUACUAGCCCUCUUAACACGGAUGUCAUAUACAAUGAUAAAUCUAUCGCCCCGUUUGCCAACAUGAUACACAAUAAAACAAUGAAAUUUGGCUGCUGGCACCUGCAGUGCUCUGACGCGAAGAAACUUUCUAUCGCAUGCGUGUACGAUAACCUGCCAAAGGAGGGAGAACCACUCUACUCAGCCGAUUCAACAGGGAAAAAAGGCUGCACGACUGAUAGUCCUUGUAAAAAAGUUGUAAAAGGUGCUGUAUGCUCGACCGACAGCGAAGGCAACAAAGGUCCCCUUUGUGAAAUUGCACCGGCUAGCACGGCAGCUCCUUCUUCCAGCACUGAGCCUUCUGUAGAAGCAUGA